CGGUAUCGGUAUAUAAUAAUAUUUUUAUGGGUUCAUAUAACGUUUUAAUGAUAUACAUACAUAUCUCUAGUGUCAAUGUCAUAAAUGACAAGCUGAGAAGUAAGAAAUGCUAUUGUCAUUUGAAUUUUUAAAUUCUUAGUAGAUAUAAAUAAUUUUUUUUUCAACAUGUAUAAAGGCUUUGCGCGAAUAUUAACUCAUUCAGACAGAUUACAAUCAUGUAUUUCACCUUGUCUUCGAAGUACAGUGCUGUGUACACGAAAAGGAAAAUUAGGCAGUAUAGGUUAUGUUUUCUUGAGAACUAAAAAACAUGAUCGCGGUAAUCCUUCGGCCUUAUUUGUGCCGGUGCCUGUAAAGCCUAAUCCUGACGACAUCAACAUAGGCGAAGAGUUUACUGGACGUCUAAAAAAACAAGAUAUGCUUAAGAUUCUUAAUAGAUUUUACCAGAAACCAGAAGUGAGAGUUUUGGCAUCAGAAAAUGGUUUAGACGACCAGUUAUUACAUCAAGCGUUUUUGUCUUUUAGAAGACAUUGUUUGGAACACGAUUUACCUCCAGAUUUGCAUAUAACAAUUAGUGAUAUAUUACAAGGUGCUGGGCAUGUUGAUGAUUUGUUCCCAUAUUUCUUACGUCAUGCUCGUUUAGCAUUCCCACAUUUAGAUUGUUUGGAUGAUUUAAAGAAAAUUUCUGAUCUUCGAACACCUGCUAAUUGGUAUCCUGAAGCUAGAAGUAUAAAUAGGAAGGUAAUAUUUCAUGCAGGCCCUACAAAUUCAGGGAAGACCUAUCAUGCUAUGGAAAGAUAUUUAGAAGCAAAAUCUGGUGUUUACUGUGGGCCUCUUAAAUUAUUAGCUACUGAAAUAUAUCAUAAAUCGAAUAAAAAGGGUGUACCUUGUGAUUUAAUUACUGGUGAGGAAAGGAGACAUUCUUCUCAAUGUGCAGCCAUUGCUGAUGGUUCUGAAGAUUUCAACACAGAAAUAGAAUCUGAAUCUAUUAUGACUGAUGAAAGUGAGUUCACACCUUCUAGUCAUGUGGCUUGCACAGUUGAAAUGACUUCUCUUAAUAAUAAAUAUGAGGUAGCUAUUAUAGACGAAAUCCAAAUGAUCGGCGACAGAGGUAGAGGAUGGGCGUGGACAAGAGCAAUUCUUGGACUCCAAGCGGAGGAACUCCAUUUAUGUGGGGAAGCUGGUGCAAUAAAUCUCAUAGAGCAAAUAUGUAAUACAACAGGAGAAGAAUUGGAGGUUCGUUCCUAUAAAAGGCUGACAGAGUUAAAAGUUGAAGAUUCAGCAUUAGGUUCACUAGACCAUGUGAAACCGGGCGAUUGCAUUGUGUGUUUCAAUAAGAAUGACAUUUACAGUGUAAGUCGAGCCAUUGAACAGAGAGGUCACGAGGUGGCUGUCAUUUAUGGAAGUUUACCGCCUGGCACGAAAUUGGCACAGGCGAAUAAAUUCAAUGACCCAGACAGUUCAUGUAAAAUUAUGGUGGCCACUGACGCUAUUGGUCUUGGAAUUAACUUGAGUAUACAAAGGAUAAUAUUUUAUUCAUUAAUAAAACCAGUGAUAAAUGAAGAUGGUGACAAAGAAAUGGAUGUUAUUAGUAUAUCACAAGCCCUACAGAUUGCCGGGCGAGCUGGCCGUUACGGCAGCGCUUGGGAAACCGGCUACGUGACCACAUACAAGUCUGAAGAUCUGGCAACACUGAAGACCCUCCUGUCCAAACCCCCAGAGCCCGUGACGCAAGCCGGCUUACAUCCAACAGCGGAACAGAUGGAACUGUACGCCUACCAUCUACCUCAUGCGAGUCUCAGUAGUUUAAUGGAUAUAUUCGUGCACCUGUGCACAGUCGACGACUCGUUAUACUUCAUGUGUAAUACUGAAGCGUUCAAGUUUCUCGCCGAGAUGAUUCAACACGUUCCUCUUCCGUUACGCGCCCGCUAUGUGUUUUGCUGUGCACCAAUCAACAAUAAGUUCCCAUUCGUUUGCGCUACAUUCCUCAAGAUGGUCCGCCAGUACAGUCGCAAUGAGCCUAUAACAAGAACUUGGCUGUGCAAUGCGAUAGAGUGGCCACUACCCUCACCUAAAACUAUAAUGGAUCUCGUCCAUUUAGAGUCUGUAUUCGACGUGCUAGAGCUUUACCUGUGGCUUAGCUAUCGUUUCCCAGAUAUGUUUCCAGACGUAAAAUUGGUAAGAGACAUGGAGACUGAGUUAGAUGCUGUUAUACAGCAAGGGAUAUUCCAAAUCACCAGAUUGUUACGAAACUCUGAACAGAUACCUCACGAUGAUCCAGAGAUCACAGAAAAAGGUAGCACAAAGAGGUCUUCACGAUCUGGUUCGUUAAGUCAGACAAGGGGAGAGGAGCAGAAGGGGAAAUUGUCGGAAAUGCUAGUUGCUAAGGGCCUAAUCACACCACAAAUGUUGAAAAAACUUCAGCAAGAACUUUCGGCAGAUGUCAAAGGAGAUAGGAGUAAAAAGAAAAUUAAUAGACAUAGAAGGAAAUAGAAAUCUCCUGUAGUGUGUUAUUGUGUAUGUGUAUGACCGAUGUUUGAAUGUGAAUAAAAAUAUUGUUAUAGAGAA